UGACACUAAACAACCUUUGACCAUAUUCUGGCUAAUCACAAAUCAGGACUCUCCCUAUUGGGCGGGCUUUAAGAAUGAGACCCUGAGAAAGAACUUUGACCCUGUAUUUCACGAAGACGGAUCUUCUUGAAGUGAUUCUGUGUACUUCAUUGUUUGUUGACUUGUUUUGGACUGAUUUAUAAGCGUGUUUCAUAUUUAAUGUCUGUGAUUCCAGAGAUGACUCAGAACAUGUUCCAGGAGGGACUGCAUCAGGUGUUUUUUAAGGAACGGCCUUUGCCCCGCCUACUUCCAGCUGCCGACUCCACAACUGGAGAGCCAAUGGAAGAUAGACUAGUCCGUUGGUUUGGGACAGUGGUCAAUACCCGCAUCCUUCUGUCUGGGGUUGUUCAGAUUUUCAGUGCUGUCUCCUGUAUUCUCUGCACCUUCUCUUAUACUUGUUUGACUUUCAACUGUUCUGCAUCUUUGACAGCACCAGUAUGGUUUGGCCUGUUUUAUGUGGUCACCGGGUCACUUGCAAUUGAGCUCCAGAGGAAACCCCAAAAAAUCAAAGUCAUGACUCUGAUGGGCUUGAACAUCUUCGGCUUGCUGUUUGCAGUUUGUUCUUUUCCCACCUUCUUUAUGAAAUCCUCACAACUUGACCAUGCCACCACUCAGCAGCGCAUUGGUGUGCAUGUGCUGAAGGGUAGUGCGGUAGUGUCCAUCCUCCAGUGUAUGUUUGCAGCCAUGUACACGAUUUUUCUUAUUUGGAGAGGUAUGAAGUCCUACAGCAACUCCUACAGAAAGGACUACAUCAGCGUAAUGCAGAACUCAGAAGAACAUACAGAUCCACUGCUGGAAAACGAACAUUUCAGCAUUUGAACUGUCAGUGUGUGACAUCAGGAAACUUAUGCAAGCAAAUUUAAGGCUUAUUAUAUUUUGUCAAGAGAAUAAAUACAUUUUUUUAGCAUUUGCAGCCCAGUUUACUAUGCCAAAUAACAGUGAUACUGCAGAAACCUGAAUAUAUAUAUAUACUGCAUACUUCCAUUUAUUAUACAAUAUAUAAAUUAUGAUAUAUCUAAUGUAUAAUUUAUAUACAUUCAUUACAUAUGCAUGUAAUUUGUGAGCAUCACAUAGACCUCAUCAGUGAUUUUGUAUAAUAAUAUAUUUAUGUGCAAUUAAAUGUGGAUAUUAAAUUGUGUCUUUAGAUGUCUUUGUUGUGCCAUUGCUGAAAGUCAAAUUAUUGCAAAAUAAAAAUGUAAUAUCUUUA